CAGACACCAAGCCUCGUAAAUACAAUUAAUAUAACCUAAUACCACAUACAUCAUGGACAGCAGCCCUGGAAAGCUCUACCCAUCGCACCCAUUCACGCUAGCGGACGUUGAGACGCGUCGCAAGUUCCGGAUGAUCAUAGCGCUACAGGUUGUCCUAUCAUUGCUCAUUCUACUCUGGAUGGUGUACAUUGCAACGUCGUACGCAUCGACCAAGAGCACGCGCAUCGAGUGGACCAAUGACUGGAUCAUUCUGGUUAGCGCCCUCUUGAUCGUCGUCAACCUUGCCAGCAUCGUCAUCACGGUGCGCAAGUACCGCGGGACCGUCUAUUUCUUGAAGGAUCCCAGCCACCCACCGGAUCUCAUCUUGUCUGGCGACCUCCCGUCAGGCGUCACCUUCUGGAAGACCAAGAAGAAGGCGGUUUUCGAGAAGGAUGUGGAAUGCGAUACCAAGUGAAACAUUUAGGCUGCCUUGCGUUUUUUCUUCAUUUUCCUUCCACCGCCCCACGCUCUCUUUUUUUGCGACAUUAUUCACCCACACAAUCUCCUACUCUAGCACCUGCAUCUGUUACUUACUUUCAAACUUGCGUCCAACUAAUAAUUAUCUGUUAGAAACAUUUACUUUCUUGCUUCCAAGACAAUAAUACCCCC